AUGCGCCUCCGGGAGCAGCACCGGGAGCCGCUCCGGGAGCGGGGCCCGGCGCUGCCCGCCGCCGUCGGGGCGCUGUGCCGGGCCCUGCCGCCCCGCGCCCGGCCCGCCCCCGACACCCUGCGCCGCGCCAGGUUCGACCGACCGCAGGCGAGCCUGGACUUCUGGAAGCUGCUGUACGUGCUUCUGAAGCAGAUCCAUGGGGGCAGGUGGACAGAGUCUGAUGCCAUAGGUGCCCAGGUGAGCUUUGUGAAGUGGGCGCUGUGGUACCACGGCUACGGGCGGCCCCAGCUGCAGCGGCUGCCGGCCGACGGCUCUGCGGGCAGCCGGGAGCUGCUGCUGGCGUUCUCCUGGCUGCUGCACAGCCCCGGCCUCCUGGAGCGGCUGCUGGCUCGGAACAGGGCGCAGCCUGGCGAUCAGACCUCCGUGUGCACGUGUGAAGAUGAAGUGCCCAGCAGCCAGGAAGGCACAAGUGAAGCAGGAGCUGAAGACAGAGUGGAUGUUCGAUACCUGCAGUGGUUAAACGGGAGGCUGAGGCUGCAGUGGUGCAGUUUGCACGCUCAGCACCAAGAGCAAUGCAAACUUUGGCACAAGAUCCAUUUAUUCACAAGUGGCUCCCACAUGGACCAGAACCUUGGACAUUUUUCUGUCACAGAAACAGAUCUCAUUAGACAACCAGAGAACUACAAGCAGCUGUUACAGCUCCUGGACUCUGAGACCAAGCAGCUGGAAGCCUUUCUGGAAUGGAAGCAACUGGAACCAGUUUACUGGCAGUGGAUGGAAACUGUUUUGGAUAAUAUGGCUGAAGAGGGAAAUCUGUGUGAGUCCCAGGAUGUACAUGUGGAGAAAAGAAGGCUGCCAGAGGCCACCCCCUGGGCUGCCAAGCUGACUGGGCAAAUGGACAGAUUAUCCAGAGACCUGGUGGCUCUCCAGGAGCAACUGCAUCAGCUUGUAGCUCAGCGAAAGGCUGCGUGGUGGGAGAAGGUGGCAACAAGAGAAGAACUACAGAAGGAGAGGUUCUCUGCCACUGCUAGAAAGAUACAGGAAAGCACUGAAGUAAAACUGAGAGGUCUCACAUCCAUCUGUGCUCCAAAGAACAAGAUGCAUGGUUUGUGCAGGCUGGUGCUGAGGAGCAAACAUCCUGCUGGCAGAACGGGCUUUGGUCAGUGUGGGUCCAAGGAGGCUGUUGCAGCUGUCAGUGCUGCAGAGGUGAUCACAGAGCUGCAGUUCUUCUGCCAAGUCCUGGGCUCUUUCACAGUGCUCAGCUGCGAGGCACGGCGUACAUCGAGGCUGUGCAUUGAAGUACUGAUUGCAUUCAAUACUUUCCAGCAAUUGGAAGAGUUCAUUAGUCAGAAAAAUCCAAGUAUUGGAGAACAUGAAAAAUACCAAGGCUUAGAGAGACUGGAAAUAUUCAGGAGUGUGUUGUUUUAAUUCAGCUGCUCAGAGUAUUUGUGGCAGCUAUAAUGUAGUCGCAAUAAAGAAAAACAAAUGCCUAAUAAUAAAUAAAGCACUGCACUGAUUUCA